AGUAAAUCAACAGUGGUGCAGAUUCUUUCUGACACUGAAUGUUUGUUUCAGUUAGCUUACAAAAUCAGCAAACGACAUGGAUGAUAUUUUAAAUAUAAAUUUAAAUUCCUUCGUAGAGCACCGAACCAUAGACUCGUGGUUGACCUUUGACCUGUCACCAUCUAAGGAGGACAGCGAGGAAACCGUGCGGGAGGUUAGAAGACAUAAGGAGCUGAGUAGAAGAGACGUCGACCAACUUGAACAAGAAAGGCAAGAAGCAAGCCCUCACCGGAACACAGCAUGGGCUUUCUCAGUGUUUAAAGACUGGUUAAAUGAAAAGAAAAUGUCAACAGACUUUGGAUGUUACGAGGCAGAAGACCUGAAUCAGGUGCUGAGGUCAUUUUAUGCAUCUGUUCAAAAUGCCAAUGGAAAAACAUACUCCAUUGGGAGUUACAAAGCUUUGAGGGCUGGGAUAAGUCGACAUUUCUCAGAGUUUGAUAUGAUGACUUCUCCUACCUUCACAUCCAGCAACGAGAUUUUUAAAUCUGUCAUAAGAAACCUGAACAAAAACGGACAAUAUGUCGGCCAACACUUUCCCCCCAUCUCAGCUGCAGAUUUAAAGCUCAUCAGGGGUUCAGAGGCGUUGAGUCCAAACACAGCGACUGGACUGGUCUGGAAAGUGUGGUUUGAAGUACAGUUACAUCUGUCAAGGAGAAGCAGAGAAGGCAAUCGAGAAUUAAAAAGAGACUCUUUUAUUUUGAAGCAUGAUGAGAAAGGCAAUGAGUACAUUUCACUUUCCCACAAAGCUCAGACCAAAAACCAGAAAGGUACCGCAGACCCAUGUAAUGAAAACAACAAGGGACGUAUCUACGCUGAGCCCGGAAACCCAAACUGCCCAGUAGCCUGCUUUAGAAAGUAUUUAUCCCAUUGCCCUGUUGAUGCUAAGGCUUUUUACCUUCACCCUGUAAAGUUACCCCAAGACCUACUGAACAGUCGAGUUAUGUGGUAUACUCGUGAGCCCAUGGGGCAUAACUUCCUUGGUAAAAUGUUACCUGAAAUCAGCCAGGCGGUUGGGCUUUCAAGGAUAUACACUAACCACAGCUUGAGGACAACUGCUUUACAACUUCUCUCUCAGACUCAGUGUGAGAGUUGUGAAAUAAUGACAGUUACCGAGGACAGAUGUGAAAGCAGCCAGAGGAGCGACUGCAGUCCAGACAGCAGCAACACAGCUGUUGUAUCAACUGCAAAGCCCAGAGGAGAGCCAGAAGAAGACAGAACUAUCAGUAUUCCUUCAGAUGUCCAGAUCAACCCAAAGAGAAAUGAUUCCUGGUUAAAGGCUGACCAACCACCAGCAAAGAAAAUAAAAGUAGAGGAGGAGGACGACGAGGAAACCGUGCGGGAGGUUAGAAGACAUAAGGAGCUGAGUAGAAGAGACGUCGACCAACUUGAACAAGAAAGGCAAGAAGCAAGCCCUCACCGGAACACAGCAUGGGCUUUCUCAGUGUUUAAAGACUGGUUAAAUGAAAAGAAAAUGUCAACAGACUUUGGAUGUUACGAGGCAGAAGACCUGAAUCAGGUGCUGAGGUCAUUUUAUGCAUCUGUUCAAAAUGCCAAUGGAAAAACAUACUCCAUUGCCAGUUACGUAGCGUUAAGGGCUGGGAUAAGUCGACAUUUCUCAGAGUUUGAUAUGAUGACUUCUCCUACCUUCACAUCCAGCAACGAGAUUUUUAAAUCUGUUACAAAAAACCUUCGCAAAAACGGACAAUAUGUCGGCCAACACUUUCCCCCCAUCUCAGCUGCAGAUUUAAAGCUCAUCAGGGGUUCAGAGGCGUUGAGUCCAAACACAGCGACUGGACUGGUCUGGAAAGUGUGGUUUGAAGUACAGUUACAUCUGUCAAGGAGAAGCAGAGAAGGCAAUCGAUACUUAAAAAGAGACUCUUUUAUUUUGAAGCAUGAUGAGAAAGGCAAUGAGUACAUUUCACUUUCCCACAAAGCUCAGACCAAAAACCAGAAAGGUACCGCAGACCCAUGUAAUGAAAACAACAAGGGACGUAUCUACGCUGAGCCCGGAAACCCAAACUGCCCAGUAGCCUGCUUUAGAAAGUAUUUAUCCCAUUGCCCUGUUGAUGCUAAGGCUUUUUACCUUCACCCUGUAAAGUUACCCCAAGACCUACUGAACAGUCGAGUUAUGUGGUAUACUCGUGAGCCCAUGGGGCAUAACUUCCUUGGUAAAAUGUUACCUGAAAUCAGCCAGGCGGUUGGGCUUUCAAGGAUAUACACUAACCACAGCUUGAGGACAACUGCUUUACAACUUCUCUCUCAGACUCAGUGUGAGAGUUGUGAAAUAAUGACAGUUACCGAGGACAGAUGUGAAAGCAGCCAGAGGAGCGACUGCAGUCCAGACAGCAGCAACACAGCUGGUGUGUUAACUGCAAAGCCCCAAAGAGAGCCGAAUGGAGACAGAAAUGUCGACAUUGGUAUUCUUACAAAUGUCACCACAAAGAAAGAUGAGUUCCUGGAUGAUUUUCCAUUCCUCCAGCCUGCUUCAAACCAGAGCUACGUCCCGGAUGGCGUGCUUCCACCUGGAGAGCCCUGGCUCCAUGGCGGCCCCUCUCGGGCGGUGCUGUCCCUGCCUUCCUGCCUCAACCUCUUCAGCGGCGUCGGGUCAGAAAUGUCCGGACCAAGCUCCCCUGGAGAAGAGCAAAGUGAAGAGAUGAAGGUGUACGCCAGGUGUCACCUUCAGCAGGGAGUCAUGUUUGGACCGUAUGUAGGAGAAAUGUGCAGAGGACAAAUGCCAACCAACCUCAAAUAUGCCUGGGCUAUCAGGGACGAUGCUGCUUUUGUGUAUGUGGAUGCUUCUGAUGAAAACAAAUCUAACUGGAUGAGGUAUGUAACAUAUACCAGUAAUGAGGAAGAGCACAACCUAGUCAUCUUCCAGUUUUACCGCCAUAUCUAUUACAAGGUGACCCAGCCAAUCACAGAGGGUGCAGAGCUCAAGGUGUGGAUCGGCAAGGAUUAUUCCACCUUGUUGGGCCUCGGGAUGGGUGACAAUGUGAAAUGUCAAUUUGGAGACAAGGAGGCGGUUCUACGUCUUCUGCAGGACAUCCAGUUAGUUACCCUUCCAGAGCCCAGCAGCUCCUCCGUUUGGUCAGACCACAGCCAAUCACAGAGCCCCAUGCCUGUCAUCAGUGAUGUGACCACUGUGUCAAACCCUGAUGCAGUUUGUGAUUCAGGUAUAGCAUCUGGAUCGUCCUUUCCUUCCUCCUCCCUCAUGUCCUUCCCAUCGCCCGGCUCUCAUCCAUUUGAAAAGUAUGAAUUUGUCCCUGGAACCGAGAAACUGCUGAGCAACCCGAAUGUGACCCAGCAGAGCCCGUGGUACUUUUUUGGGUUGGAGCCUGACCAGGCCGGUCGACCUCUUGACCGGAACACUGCAGUGUGUAAGCUGUGUGGGGAACGUGUGGGCUGUGGAGGAAGAGCAUCAGAUCUCCAAAACCAUCUGAGCAACAAGCACCACAUCAGACCUCGUGACACUAAUAAGGAUCGGACCCUUCCUCCAGCAGCAUGUCAACAACGGCCUCAGCCAGCAAUGAGUAACAGCAGCCCGGUUAGUACCCUCCCUCUGGUUUUGUCUGUCCAUGUGACUAAUGCCAUCACCAACUUUGUCAUCAUGGAUCUCCAGCCCCCGUCUCUGGUAGAAGGAGAAGGUUUCAAACAGCUCAUCCACACCCUCCUGCCCUUCUACAAGGAGAUGCCUGUAACCUGUCAACUGGAGAACCUCCUGAAAGAACACCACACCAGAGGCAGGACAAGCCUGGCUCAGCUGCUGAGGGGGGAUGUAAUGAAGGAAGAAAGUGAGGAAACAGAUUACACUGCUCCCAUUGACUUUGAGCCCAGGAGACGUGGCCGACCUCCAAGCCAAAGAAAGGAAAGUCCACAUUUUGUCACUUUAAGUGUGACUGACUGGUUCCACAACUGGCAAGGCAACACUGAGAGAUACAUCACCCUCUGGGCACAUUUCAUAGACAGCGAUUUCAGUUGUCAGAACUUCGCUCUGGCAACACAAAGGCUGACUGAGAAUGAGGUGGAGGCUCAGGUGAAGGCGACGGCCCAGGAGUGGGGAAUCUCAAAGCCCAACCUGCUCUUGCUGGGAGGGGAAAGGAAAGAGAAGGGGAUGGGGAUGGGUCAAAAAGGGAUUGGGAAAGGUGAAGAGGCUGCAGGUCUGACUCAUCCUAACUCGACAACGUUUCUUGAGAAGGACGACUCUGCAUCGCCCGAGGAACAAAGUGGCUCGACACACGGAGCGUCGAGUGAAGGAUUACCGUCCGUGCCGUGUUUCUUCAGCGCUGUUCAACGCUGCAACGAGGAGGUGAUGUCACACAGUGUCAUUUCCAAGACCCUAGGACAAUUCCAAGACAUGCUGUCAAAUCUCUUCCUGCCACAGGAACAAAACAAAGGCAUGUUUCAGCACCAUGUCGGCAGUAUCAUGCAGGUGCUUACAAAAGAAGAAGUGUCAGAGCUGAAGUCGUGGGCACACACGUGUCCAACGUGGAACAAACUCUAUCCUGUCCUGAGCAUACUCAUCAAACACAAAAGCCUUUUCUGUGAAACCAUCAAAGAGAUUAAAGAGGAGUAUAAAGAAGACACUGCUUCAGAAUCCAGUUCAUCUGGCAGCUGUCACGCCAACUCCACCUCCAACUCGUCAUCAGUGAGCUUCACCACCUUAAAGUCCGAGUGGAAGGUUCUGGAGGAGCUGUGUUCGGUUCUCAAACCGCUGGAUGUAGCGUGUCGAACUCUCGCCAAGGAGGCGUUCCCUCGCCUGUCCCUCAUCAAACCCAUUCUCACCGGCCUGCUCUCCCGCCACCUUGUGCCACGGCCGGGAGAUUCCUCGACCAUCCUGAAGGAAGUGAAGAGGAUGAUGAGGCGUAACCUGUCGAGCUGUUAUGACAACCCGGCUGUGAACAGGGUUCUGUGUGUGGCAUGUUCCCUCGACCCCCAGUUCCACGGUCUCGGGUUCAUGGCCGAGAAGGAGCAGAAAGCCACUUUUGAUUGGCUAAAGGCCGAGGCUGUCAGAAUCGUUAAGGAGGACAGAAGGAGAAACAGAGGUAAGAGGCGGAGCCACAGCAAGAGAAGCCCUUCACCGAGGUCACCGGAUUCAGACAGCGACUCCCUCCGGAGGAGCAAGCGCCUCAAAGAAUCCCGCCCGAUCAACUUCAGGGAGAUCGAGGAUGAAGAUGAAGAGAGUGAUGAAGAAAAGCCUGAUGAGAGUGAAGAGGCAGAUCCAGGUGGUCAGGGUGGUGGGCUCUCGGGGAUGGAGUUCCUCCUGGGAGACCUGUUCUCCUCCGCCCCCAAGAGCAAGCAGAACUCUGUUGAGGAGUCUGUGGACAUGGAGAUGUCCGUCUUCAGAGCUGACAAGGGAGCAUCGCUGGGUGUCGAGCCCCUGCAGUGGUGGAGGACGAAGGCUGUGCAGUUCCCUCUGUUGGCUACAGUUGCCCGGGCCUACCUGGCUGCCCCAGCAGUGGCAGGCAGCGCCGCACAGGACUUUGUGCAGUACGGAGCACAAUCCACCUACAGCAAGAGAGCCAACAUUCCCCCUGAGAGUUUGGACUCAAUCCUGUUCCUGCACCACAAUCAAAUGCUCACAACUGAGAGAGGGGAACUAGCAGUGAAGAAUGAGUACUAGACAAGCCGGGUUGAAAAGGUCCUAUGAACACACAGAAGACAUGUAUUCCUUUUUUUUAUAAGCUCUGGAGUUCACCCUCUGUCCAGUUCUAUCCAGGACCUGAACAACAACUGAAGUGUAUUUGGUGACCUAAUUAAGCAUUCUCAAUUAUUCAUCCUCUCAAAAGAACAAGGUCAAUAGUGAUAGAUAUAUAGAAUAGCUAUAUGUCAGGACGUCUCCCUGUCUAACCUGUCAGUUCUGAGGUUUCAAGGAGGGUCAACUCAACAUAACAAAGGAGAAAUAAAGACCAUCCCCUAUAAAAACACAGACUCUGUUGUGGCGUGUCCUUGUAAAUGCACCUUCUUCUUCUGUCUGUUUUCAUUUGGUAGCAUUUGGUUUUGAUUGUUUUGUUUUUUUGAUAUCCUACAACAUUUAAAACAAUCCUCUUCCUAAUGCUACUCACCUGUUGUUGCUGGCAGGCAGGUUGAGCUGUUGUGUCUGCAAACAAGCACAAAGGGGAAGGGGAAUUGUCAGGGAAAAGAAAAAGCAAGGUGAAUAGAUCAGGCUGGUUGUUGAAUAAAAACUAACAAAGUGAAGAGUUCAAGUAGAAUUAAAAUGGUGAAAUAAAAAAGAACUACUAGAAAUAGGUGUCUGUAUGCUCAAUGUUUUCCAUCCAUAAACACCCAGUUAAUGUUUGUGCUACCACUGCCUUCAUGUUUCAGAGGCAGUCUAUCACUUGAUUGAUUCACGAUAUAUAAUGUGACUGAUCCAGCAAAUUAUUAAUUGUAAUUCAAGGUUGGGGUUUGUAUUUGAUUGGAAGAAACUUUAACAAUCUAAAGUUUCACUGAUUUUACUCUUCUUUUUUUUUUUUUACCUCAAUUUUAAAAAUCAUUCAAGGUUUAAGACAUAACCUUAAAGAUGUACCCCCCCUCCCUUUCCCCCACAUGUACAUUUGUAUAACCUCUCCACUAAAAAUGAAACUGAAAAAAUCAGUUACAUCCCGUGUACAGCUUGGACUGCUUUACUCCUAUAUGUUGCAGCAUCUAUGAAGUACCUUGUAGCCUUGUGCCUUAGCAAACAGUUGUAGAUGUCCAAAGUAUAAACGACAGGGUGGAGAUUUUCAAAACAUAAAGAAAGUCCUUCAUGGAAGUACUGUGAUCGUGGAGUGAGACUGCUACCAUGUGCCUUUCCUUAUGUUUGACCACUUGUUUAUUCUGAUUGGCCCGACCCCUUCUUGGCUUUGACUCUGAUAUUCUUAUAUAUUCAUGUUGGUGUCUUUGUUUGGAGGUCUUAAUACCUUUCACAUCCUGUUUUUGAAAUAAAAUAUUUCAACAUUU